ACUUUGCUCUCAACAAACCGCCUGGGCAGGACGAGAGUCACUCGCUUAUCACUUUUCCCAAUUGGAAAUUUGAUUUUUACUUCCUGGCCAUUAUGGCCGAAUCGCCCCUCAAUGUCCUUUUAAAGGGUAACACCGGCAGGAACACUCGCGGUCUACUGCGGAUUAUCAUUCUGGGAACUAUUGCCGCUGCCGCUGUGUCCAGUCGAUUGUUCAGUGUUAUUCGCUUUGAAAGUAUUAUUCACGAAUUCGAUCCUUGGUUCAAUUUCAGGGCAACCAAAUACUUGGUUCAACAUGGCUUCUACAGCUUCUGGGACUGGUUUGACGACAGAACCUGGCACCCUCUGGGACGUGUUACGGGUGGUACACUAUAUCCCGGCCUGAUGGUGACUAGCGGCGUGAUCUACCACAUUCUGCGAUUCCUGACCAUCCCCGUUGACAUCCGUAACAUUUGUGUCUUGCUUGCUCCUGGAUUCUCGGGCUUGACUGCUUUGGCGAUGUACUUCCUUACUUGUGAGAUGUCCACAUCGCCAUCUGCCGGACUGCUUGCGGCUGCUUUCAUGGGCAUCGUCCCUGGCUAUAUCUCUCGUUCGGUUGCUGGCAGCUAUGACAACGAGGCCAUCGCCAUUUUCUUGCUCGUCUUCACCUUCUUCCUGUGGAUCAAGGCUGUCAAAAAUGGCUCUAUCAUGUGGGGUGCAUUGACUGCCCUGUUCUACGGCUACAUGGUGUCGGCUUGGGGAGGGUAUGUUUUCAUCACCAACUUGAUUCCCCUGCAUGUCUUCGUUCUCCUUUGCAUGGGUAGAUACAGCUCGCGCAUCUAUAUCAGUUACACCACCUGGUAUGCUUUGGGCACUUUGGCAAGCAUGCAAAUUCCUUUCGUUGGAUUCUUGCCCAUCCGGAACAGUGACCACAUGUCUGCUCUCGGUAUCUUCGGCUUGCUUCAACUGGUGGCAUUUGCCGACUUCGUGCGAGGCUUCAUUCCGGGCAAGCAUUUCCAGAGACUCCUGACUACCAUGAUCAUUGUCGUUUUCGGCGCUGCAUUUGUGGGACUUGUUGUCCUCACUGUCUCUGGAGUCAUUGCUCCCUGGAGUGGUCGCUUCUACUCGCUGUGGGAUACUGGUUACGCAAAGAUUCAUAUUCCUAUCAUCGCAUCGGUCUCGGAGCACCAGCCUACCGCCUGGCCAGCAUUCUUCUUCGAUCUCAACUUCUUGAUCUGGCUUUUCCCAGCCGGUGUCUACAUGUGCUUCCGUGAUCUCAAGGACGAGCACGUCUUCGUCAUCAUCUACUCCGUUCUUGCCAGUUACUUUGCUGGUGUCAUGGUUCGUCUGAUGCUGACGCUGACUCCUAUCGUCUGUGUCGCUGCUGCCCUGGCUCUUUCCACUAUUCUUGAUACCUACGUUCUUGCCAGCCCAGGCCCCAACCCCAAGGCGAAGGUUGUUGAGGACACCUCAUCGGAGCCCCUCCGUUCUGCAAGAAAGCCGGACGUUGGAGUCACAUCCUACCUCUCGAAGCUGGUGGUGACAUCGUCCGCGAUUAUUUAUCUUCUCCUGUUCGUCGCGCACUGCACCUGGGUCACUUCGAACGCCUACUCUUCCCCAUCCGUGGUUCUGGCCAGCCGGAUGCCGGAUGGAAGCCAGCACAUCAUCGACGACUACCGUGAGGCCUACUACUGGCUCCGCCAGAACACUCCGCACAAUGCCAAGGUCAUGUCCUGGUGGGAUUAUGGCUAUCAAAUCGGUGGUAUGGCUGACCGCCCCACUCUCGUUGACAACAACACCUGGAACAACACCCACAUUGCCACCGUUGGAAAGGCGAUGAGCUCUCGGGAGGAGGUCAGCUACCCCAUUCUUCGGCAGCACGAUGUCGACUACGUCCUGGUGGUUUUCGGUGGAUUGCUGGGCUACUCCGGUGACGAUAUCAACAAGUUCCUGUGGAUGGUUCGUAUCGCCGAAGGUAUUUGGCCGGAUGAGGUCAAGGAGCGUGACUUCUUCACUGCUCGCGGUGAAUACCGUGUAGAUGAUCAAGCCACACCUACCAUGCGCAACAGCUUGAUGUACAAAAUGUCCUAUUACAACUACCACACCAUGUUCCAGGGCGGUCAGGCCGUGGACCGUGUCCGUGGUGCGAAGCUCCCGGCGGAGGGACCCCAGCUGUCCACCCUCGAGGAGGCCUUCACCAGUGAGAACUGGAUCAUCCGUAUUUACAAGGUCAAGGAUUUGGACAACCUGAACCGAGACCACAGCAACGCAGUCGCAUUUGACCGCGGCCACAAGCGCAAGCGUGCGACCAAGAAGAAGGGCCCUCGUGUUCUGAGAACCGAGUAGGGGAGGGUUGUUGCUUGUUGUUCAUGUAGCAGAUAGAGUAUCCGGGACGAUGAAAGUGAUCCCUUGUGUACUAGAUGUUUCAUCAUAACCUGUAUUUGAUCGACGACAUAAGCCAAACU